GCCUGUCUACUUGUGUGCACCGGAGUCUCCCACAAGCUGCUAGCUUGAUAGCUGUGAGUACUAACAAUAGGUUUGUUGUUUAUGUUCAUAAUGAGGCUUUUGCGGAAGGUCUGAGGAACGGACUGUCAGUGUUGCCGACUUGGCGACUUCCUCUCUAGAUUUAGGGACUUUUGGAGCUAGCUACCUACUUUCAUUGGAAAAGAGUUGGCAGCAUUCGGAUGGAUCAUUUUUAACAACCUAGUGUACUCUUGCUAGUUUCUCAAGAUCGCCCACCCUUCCUUUAAAUAAUAAUCCAAACUUUAAAAGGAACAAUUUAAUUUAGUUUUCUUCACAUAUGAAUGAAAUGCUGAGAUAUAGGCCAACGGUAUUUACAAAAUAAAAAAAUGAAAAAUAAAUAAAAGAAAAUCAAUAAAAGAAAAAUCAAGAAGGCCUCGCGACCGACCGUUAAGCCUAGUGGGGGUCGUGACCCCCAGGUUGGGGACCACUGGCCCACAGUAACAGUAUUUCCUGUAACUGGAGGAGCCACUUCAGCAGCGAGGGAAGUUAUUGGAGAGGGAGAAGGAUUGUCAUAACUGUGAGGUCUUUGAUUGGAAGAAGGCAGCGGAGGAGGACGGGUGCAGCCACAGUAAUCUCUGACUAAAUCUGAACUCCUGAGAGAUUUUCUGUUACUGCUGAAACUCCUGUGUAGCUGUAGCUCCACCUUUCUGCUGCACACCUGAAGUUGGACUGCAGCAUGCAACAACCAGGCCGGCUGAGGCUGAGGCCGUGGCUGGAGGAGCAGAUUCAGUCUGGGGGAUAUCCAGGAGUCAGCUGGCUGGACCAGUCAGCACGAAUCUUCCAAAUCCCGUGGAAACAUGCCGCUCGUCAUGGAUGGAGUAUUGACCGAGAUGCUACACUCUUCAGAAGCUGGGCCAUGCACACUGGACGAUACCGUCCAGGCAAAGACAAGCCAGAUCCCAAGACAUGGAAGGCAAAUUUCCGCUGUGCCUUGAACUCGCUGCCUGACAUCUGUGAGCUGCGGGAGCACAGUAGGAAGAGAGGCAGCAACGCCUACAGAGUCUACAGGAUGCUGCCCAGCACACAAACACACAGACGCAGGAGGGGGCUGCGGUUGUUCAGCAGGCCUCGAGGAAGAAGUUCAGGUGAUGAUACACACACCACGCAUGCUUGGCAACCCACAACAACAAGACCCAUGUCAGAAACACCACAGAAGGUGGAGAACCCUGCGGAAGACACGUUUGGCAUCAUGCAAACACACGGGACGUGGGAGGCCAAACCAGAGGAGCAGGAGCAGAAUGAGGCUGUGUUUAAGUUGAUGGACCACUUAAGCAACACUGACGUCUGGAACCAGACUGGGGAUCAGAGAGGAUGGAGAACACACACACUGUGGGACCACUUGCACUGUGCUGGUGAUGACAACCCGUACUCUCUGCACACAGAGAACUACACUGAUCUGUUUGGUCCAAACUACAUCAAGGAGCUCUCCGACUGGUCCACACAUCAGCAAACACUGAUGCUGUAGCUGUACACCAAACGGCUUAUCCUCCGGCUCGCUGUGUUAACCAAAUGUUUGACUAAAAAGCUGUUUUUCCUUCAGGCUUUCUUGCUAACCUUGUGAUGUCCUCCUGAUGAGCUGACCACUAAAAAAGGGAAACAAGAGAGGGGGAGCAGACGAAGAAUAUUGCUCUGUCAGUCAGUCAGUCGGUCAUUCUCUCUGCUGAGCAUGCUGAGGUGAAGAUCCUGUUCCAAGCCAAGCUUUACCUCUGUCAUCAUCGCCUGGGUUCACUACGGUUCAGUGCCUCAAACUCACUGACAUGACACCAAGCUCACGCCACAGCUCACAGAGAAAACAGAUCUCAUUUCACUUCAGUGCAGGAUCAGUUAUUGUUCUGCUAUUUCUUUGAGUUUUACUGGAUGUGUAGCCAACAUACAGUACACACAGUACAUACGGUAAAUGAAAUGCAGAACACGGAGGCAUGACAUGUGGCUUUAACAGUUUGUAGGCUUGUUUCUGAGUGGAGUCAAUAAAUAUGGGCUACAUUUAUAUAUAUUUCUCCUAUAGAUGCGUUUGAUUCCUAUAUUUUUAUGCCUUUGGUUUUGCCAUUUUUAAGACUUCUCAAAGAGAUACUCAAUUUUGUAUAUUUUCAUUUUUUGAGGCAGCAUGUGGUGCAAUUUGUUUUAUAUCAUACAACAUGUUUUGUAUUUUUAAAAUAAGCGUGCAUUUACAAAUUGUAAAAGCAACUAAAGCACAUUACCUUAUCAGGAGUCUUUAGAUCUUGUGUGUGUGUGUGUAUGAACUGAAGGCGGUGGCUUCAGAAGCUGGUGUUAUCACUUCAAUAAAAUUUAUAACCAGCAGUGGAAUUAUAUUCGGCAAUAACCCACCGUCAUUAUUACACUUGAAUUGAUGUGAUAAAUAAAAAGAGGCUGACCUGUAACGUGCCCUUAUUGUUUGUUGACUUUUAAAGACUUGUGCAUUUUACCAUUUUAAGAAAGACAUUUUCAACAGCACAGAAUAUUCAAGUAAUUAGAUCAAAUAUAAUUUGUUGUGAGCGCUAUAAAUAAAUACGCUGUCUGCUGUAGUACCAAAUAAAUACAGCCACAAGUAAAACUAUAACUCACACUUCCAGGUUCAGUUAACAAUGAUAUAAUCGGCUGAAAUCUAAUCCCUUUAGUCAACUGGCUAAAGCCACAAAACCUCAGACAUAGAUAUUCACAGCACUUAUUUGUGCUUUUGCUUAACAGGCCUUUCUCGUGGUAGACAUUUUGACCUGUCCUAGUAGGAGAAGCUCAGGUGCAAACAGUAACACUAAUAAUGACUGUUCCUUUGAAGUGUCUUCACGUCAGCAUGCACAAUACCAGGGCCUUGAACUUGGCACACCUGAAUGUAAUGGAGCCUGUAAUCACACCUGGGCUCUUCCUGCUCGGCAGGACUUCAUAACAAAAAGACCUGACACAUGAUGUUAAACCUACAUCAAUAAUUACCAAUACAGUUAUUUACAGUACAUUUACUCAGUUACUUAAACCUGCAGUAGGCAGAAUAUUUUUGGCAUCAUUGGGCUAAAAUUCCACAAUAACCUUUCAGCAUAUUGUAAUUCAAGUGCUCUGAGAGAUAACUAGACUUCUGCACCUCCUCAUGGCUCUGUUUUCAGGCUUUAAAACAUCUUGCCCGAAACGGGAGACUUUGCUCAAUCCCAGGUCAUUUCAGAGAGAGAGCGUUCCUAUUGGCUGUUCAUUCAAAAGAG